AGAGAAUAGUGACAGAACCUAUUAUUAUUUGUAACAAUAGUUUAAAAGUUUUUAAACGUUACAAAAAAUUUAUCAUGACUGUGAUAAAACAAGCAAUUUCUACUGCUAUUGUGUGCUACCUCUGUUCUAUUCUUGGUGUGAUGUACACCUGGCCGUCUUCUACUCUGGUUCUCUUCUCUUCUACGAACACAACCCUGGACCGUCCUAUGACAGAGACUGAAGUAGCACUCUUGGGUAGUUUAUCAUCUAUCAGUGCGUUGAUAAGUACACCAUUUUCUGGUUAUCUUCUUGAUACUUUGGGGAGAAAGUAUUCCUGUAUGCUGUUCGCGUUAUCGCAAGUGUUGGCAUGGGUAGUCGUAUCCAUCUGCUACAACGUGGUGGCUAUCCUCACAGCAGUAUUCAUAUCUGGAUUCAGUGGUUGUAUGAUGUUAGUGGUACCCAUUUACGUCAGUGAAAUCUGUCAGGAAUCCAUCCGUGGUACUAUGACUUCAGGAGUCAUGGUGUUUUAUGGAUUGGGUAUGCUCGCUUCCUAUCUAAUGGGAGGAUAUUUGAGUUACGACGCAAUGAUCUACGUUUGUUUAUCUAUGAGUAUACUUGGAUUUUUACUUUUGUUACUUUUGAAAGAAUCUCCUAUACAUCUGAUGAGGAAAGGCUUGGAAAAGGAUGCUGCAAAAGUGAUCGCUUACUAUAGAGGUGUUAAAGUUACAUCGAAAACUGUCGAAGAAGAAAUUCAAAUGAUACGCAGAGCUAUGAAUCCAGAUUUUGAUGAUUUAACACCGGAGGUGGAAAAAUUGCAGCCAGAAUUAAAAGGAAAACCAAAGAUGUCCGCAUGGAAAUUCUUCAAGAAAUCACGAUCGUCCCGUCGUGCGUUAAUGGUGGCAUUAGUGUUAUAUACCGCGGCCAUCUUCCAAGGUCUGAUGGUGGUGCAAGUUUAUGCUGAGCCAUUGUUCGCGGAGGCAGUGCCUACAAUGUCCCCCACUAUAUGCAGUGUCAUAUCCGCCAUAUUGACAGUCGUUUCUGGUUUUAUUGCUGCCUUCUUAAUGGAAUGGGUUGGAAGAAGAUAUUUAAUGAUCUACGCAUCAUUAGGAGCAUGUGUUACCUGCGUAGUACUGGGCACUCAGAUCCACUUACAUUGGGGCCCGCAUUGGAUCACCGCUUUAUUUAUGUACUUAUUCGUUAUCAUGUACACUUGUGGAGCUGGCACUGUGCCUUUCGUACUGGUCGCGGAGAUAUUCCUACCUGAGAUUAAAAGCAUCGCUUCAAUGAUAGCAGUGGAAUGGUGCCUUAUUUGCAGUUUCAUAGUUCUCUUUGUGUUCAAUCCUCUAGUUACUGCUAUAGGCUUAGGCCCGGUGUUCUACUUUUUUGCAUCUGUCUGCUUACUUUCUUCUAUAUUUUCCUUCUUUUUUGUUCCCGAAACUAAAGGAUUAACAGUUGAUGUUAUACAGAAUCUAUUUGCUAGUCCCAGAAAAUGUUAAGUACCAUAGUGUGGUUUAUUUUUAGCCGACUUCAAAAAGAAGGAGGUUAUCAAUUCGACUGUAUUUUUUUAU